CACGGCACGCAGACACAGCUGGACGAGACGCAAAUUAUCAUCGCCGUAUUUUGUGCUGACGAAGUCCAUUUUCCAAGGGAACGACGAAAACGGGCCGCCAGAGAGAGUAGAUAGCGCAGAAAAAGGCCCUGCAUGUUGAUGAACUUACAACGGUGCGCCGGGAAAAAGUGUUACUUUCGUAGUUCGGUUUUCAUGCUGCUGAGUUUAGACUGCCACCCUCGAAAACAACCCUUUGUUGCGCGCUUCUAGCGUUAUCAUCACGAUCCUGACAAUUACUUCAAUUAGUCACCGAGGGUGCGAACGAAAGAGGAGUGCCGGAAGCGACGUCUCUCCAUAUCAGCCCGCAUCCGUCUGUUUAACGGAGAUUUACGGAAAUUGAAAACCGAAACGCCUCAACAUGAUGGAUGGAAUUGAAGAAAAUGGCUCACCGAGAAAGCCGAUGAGCCCGGUGACGGUUGCCGGACAAGAAACGGUUCCAUCGCGACAAGCAUCGGCCGAAGGAAUUCCAUCAACUGGUAGUAGCGUUUCCCCGGCCGCUCUGCCGGAAAAUUCGCUAUUGGUGGACAUUUCAGAUGCAUUGAGCGAAAAGGAGAGGGUAAAGUUUACCGUCCAUACACGCACGAAUCUGGCCGGAUUCGAUAAGAGCGAUUUUCUCGUCGUACGUCAGCACGAAGAAUUCGUUUGGCUGCACGAGCGGUUUGAAGAGAACGAUGAGUAUGCCGGCUUUAUUAUACCACCGUGCCCACCGAGACCUGACUUUGAUGCGUCGCGCGAAAAAUUGCAACGGCUGGGCGAAGGCGAAGGCAACAUGACCAAGGAAGAGUUCAAAAAGAUGAAACAAGAGCUGGAGGCCGAGUAUUUGGCUACCUUUAAAAAGACGGUCGCCAUGCAUGAGGUGUUUCUGACACGUCUCGCAUCUCAUCCCGUCUUCCGGGAGGAUUCCCAUCUAAAGGUGUUUCUCGUGUACGACCAAGAUCUGUGCGCGAAAAUGAAGAAAAAGAUUGACAUCUUCGGCGGGCUGAUGAAGAACCUGGGAAAAACGACGGACGAGAUCUAUCUAGGGGCCACGGUUAAAGAUGUCAAUGAUUUCUUCGAGCGAGAGCUAGCGUUUCUCGGGGAGUAUCAUGCGCACCUGAAGGAAGCGGCACUGCGCACGGAAAAGAUGACCAACAAGCAUAAGGAUGUAGCCGAUUCCCAUGUGCGCAUUGCAACGCAACUGCUCGGAUUGUCCACUGCUGAGCACGGGUCGACGGAGAAAUUUCUGGCCAAAACGGCAGAAAUUUUCGAAAAGAUACGGAACAUGGAAGGUCGGGUGGCUAGUGAUCAGGAUCUCAAGCUUGGUGAUACCCUUCGUUAUUAUCAGCGCGACAGCAAUGCAGCCAAAGCGCUCCUCAUACGCCGGCUACGAUGCUUAGCGGCGUACGAAGCGGCCAAUCGAAAUCUGGAAAAGGCACGAGCAAAGAACAAAGACGUUCAUGCGCCGUUGGAAGUGCAGGAGGCGGAAAGUGCACAAACGCAUGCAUGUGAAAAGUUUGAAUCGAUGUCGGCGCGCGGGAAAGAGGAGCUGGUCAGUUUUCGAUUACGCCGUGUUGCUGCCUUCAAGAAGAGUCUGACCGAACUGGCCGAAUUGGAAAUAAAGCACGCAAAGGCACAGUACGACCUGUUGCGUCAGUCUUUACUAUCCCUGCAGGAACUUAUUUAGGGAACGCGACUGUUGACCCCACACUCACAUCAAGUAGAAAUCAAACAGUGAACCGUCUGCGUGGAACAAUACUUCUUCUGAUUACAUUUACAACACAAAUUUGUACUGCUGAUGCGCUCGCACCAGCGACGAAGAACGCAUAGCAGCAUGUUUGGCAAAGUUAAAAGGAUAUGCCGUUGUCCCUUGAUCGUACGCAUAGCGUACGCGAGGGAGUAGUGAAAAACAUCGCGAUUGUAGUUAGAUCUAUAUGUAGCGAAAGAGAAGAGCUAACAUUAGGUUGCAAAUGGAGUAACAGACAUAUUUUUUUUAUUUCCUUUCUAAACCAAACCAUCUUCAAAUGGAUUAAAGAAAAAAAGGAACCACAGUCACAGAAACAACAACAAAAAAAUUCAUUAACUCGUACUCAUUCGAUUCAUGCAAAAGGAGCUUUCACAUUCUAUUGUUGGUUAUUUUCAUAAAGAGCACCGUCUAUCUGUGGUACACCAGGAACAUGGUUUAGUUUUGUUGCAUUUCCUUGCAGACGUUUGCUAAUUCCCUUUAGUUCACUCGCGUUUUGCGAAUGAAUGAAAACGUUCGAAGCCGGUGGAACGAAGGCGUAAAGUGUCUGGUGAAUUAUGAGAAACAUAGACGUGCUACGAUUUGUUUUUUUAAAUAAUUUUAUAAUUAGAAAAACGGUCAUUUUCUAAAGAGAUAGAAACUAAACAUAUAUAUAUUAUAUACAUACACUUACGUGUAGUACAUUGUAUUCUAUAUUGAAUUUAAAAACGAAAAUGGAAACGA